UCUCACUUCUCAUUCCCGCUGUCGCUCGACUCGCUCCCCCUCCCCCUCCCCCCUCUCUCUGAUUCUUCAAAUGUUGUACGAAGGUAUUUCAAUGGAGGCGCACGCGACCAAUUUCUCAUGUUUGAACUAAUUGUUUACAUAUGUUAAUUUCAAAUUAGCACAGCAUUUCAUAUAUUUGGGGGGAUUGUGGAAUAGAAACCCUAGUUCUGGUAAGAGCCCUACUUCGGCGAAUCCUCGUUCGCUUGGGGGAGUGUUGAUUUUAAAGGUGAUUUUAGGGUUUUUGUUUUGUUGUAUUGGUGUGGAAACGAUUGGAAUGGAGGGGACUCCGCAUCCUGUACCGAGAACUGUAGAAGAGGUCUACAACGAUUUCAAGGGCCGGAGGGCUGGCCUCAUCAAAGCUCUAACCACCGAUGUGGAGAAAUUUUACCAGCAAUGCGAUCCCGAGAAGGAGAACCUCUGUCUUUAUGGGCUUCCAAACGAGACAUGGGAAGUGAACUUACCUGUUGAAGAGGUUCCUCCUGAACUCCCUGAGCCCGCACUUGGAAUUAACUUCGCAAGAGAUGGGAUGCAAGACAAGGACUGGUUGUCUCUGGUUGCUGUUCAUAGUGAUUCAUGGCUGCUUUCUGUUUCCUUUUACUUUGGCGCACGAUUUGGAUUUGGUAAAAGUGAGAGGAAGAGGCUUUUUCAAAUGAUCAAUGAGCAACCAACUAUAUUUGAAGUUGUGACCGGAGCUGUUAAGCAAGUGAAGACCCAAAACAACAGCAGCAAGAAUAAAUCUAAUAACAGAGUGCCUUCUCGUCCGAGCGAGCCGCAGGCCAAAGGAAUUAAGGCAUCUGCACUGAAGGAAGAGGAUGAAAGUGGAGACGAGGAAGAAGAAGAUGAUGAACAAGGCGGCACGCUCUGUGGAGCUUGUGGGGACAACUAUGCGAGCGACGAGUUCUGGAUCUGCUGCGAUAUAUGCGAAAGAUGGUUCCAUGGGAAAUGCGUGAAGAUAACGCCUGCAAAGGCGGAACACAUCAAGCAAUACAAAUGCCCUAAUUGCAGUAACAAGAGGGCCAGAGCUUAAAACUGAUCCAACAGGAUCAAAGAGGAGAAAUCAAAUCAGGUAAGACCCCUCCAAAUCUGAGACAAAAAAAAAAGUUUGAACUAAGGUGGGAUCUAUCUACUUAGCUUACCAUAACUCACAUGUGUUUAGUUUAUAUAUGAUAUGAUGUCAUUAUAUUAUAGUGUCUGUGAACUGACUGACUAGCUUCUGAAUUUUACUUUAGAAAAGAGAGGCAGAUAUGUCUGUUAAAUUAUGGUAAUGAAUAUAAAUGGUUUGGUUUGUUUCUUAUAUAAAUCAAUCUGAUGUUUCCUAA